CAAUAAUAUCGUCAUGCUUGAUAUUGUACAAUGAAGAAAAUUCAAAUUUACUUUGCGUUCAUAAUAUUAGGAACUGACUUAUAAGAGUUUUAACGAAGAGGAUUCUUAAUUAUUCUUUAUAUAUAAAUGUACGGGAAUGGGAAGGAGUCUUAAUGAACAGGUGAUAAAAUUAAUAAAGUUAGUAUGAUCGAUUUUCAAAAUCUGUGUUUCACACAUCACACUUUAGAAAUAUCAAGAUCGAAAUUAUAAUCCAAAAAUGUGAAUUACAAAACUUCGAAUACGCAUCUCUUCAAGAAGAGGUAUAAUCAAUGUAAUUUAUUUAUACUUUUAAAUUACAACGUUUGAAGAAAGUUUCUUAGCAUAUACCUUCAAAUUAUAACUUAUAAGAAGCGCAACUUUAAAAGUGCAAUCUUUUUACUGUCAGAACUCGAUAUCUCAUAUGUGUCGGUAUGCCGACAUGAUGAAGUAACGCAGACCGACGACUUCAAUUUUCAUAUUGGUCUUAUUUUCGUUUUUAUAUAAAAACGUUUACGUGGUUAUUUAUAUCUAUUGGUCGACAACUAUCACAGAUGAUCGAAGUGGGUGAUUGUAAACCCGCGUUUUAAUCGACAUUCAUAUUUUAAGGAUACAGAGAUCGAGCACGUGACGAAGGCAAUUCUCAAAAGUUAUAUUCUGCAGCUCUUCGUCGAUCGAACAAAAACGUUUAUAGCCAUCCGCAUAAUUAUCAGGGAAGAUUAUCAUUAACGUUCGCGCCGACGAGCAUGCGGAGGCGAGCAAAAAGAAACGCGCAGACACGCGACAUCUCAUUAUUAUUACGCACCAGAAUACAUUGACGUUCGUUGCGAAAAGAUCCUUCUCCGUUCUUUCUCAUCAUCAUGCUCAUCUUUCAUUCCUCGAAGAGGAAAGAAAAAGAGAGAGAGAGAGAGAGAAAGAGAGAGAGAGAGAGAGAGAGAGAGAGAGAGAGAGAGAGAGAGAGAGAGAGAGCACAGUACACGAUAUGAAAGCGUGUCAUUGUGAGUGAUUUUCCGGAGAUGGAUCCGAACAGCAGCGAUCAACCCUCCUUUAAGGGUUUUAUUCAAAGGAUGACAAGUUGCUGAAUAACGUGACAGGGCGUGCUUUACGUAAAUAAUUGCAAACUUGUUACCAGCUGAUGCUGACAACGCGCGCGCGUGAGAAAGAUAGACAGAGGGAAAGAGAGUUUCCCUCGGCCACCGUUAAUUGAGUAUAACGCAAUCGACGUGGCUUCGAUGAAUGAUCGACUUCAUUUUUAGUAACGAGUCUGAGCGAGAGAUCCGGCGAAAGAGAAUUUGCAUGUUAAUGAACAUCAGUCAGAACGAGUCACCGACGACGUGGCGACAGGACGAGACAAAGACAGGUGUUGAGAAAGCGACGGCUACGUGGAAUCUGUAGGAUCUCUCCACAUGGCAACCGAAGGAUGACCCACCCCCCGUCGGGGACACCAGGACGAAGAGCCAAGAGGGCUCUCUGGUACCUAUAAAACUAACGGCGCCCGGUCUCCAGUCGAGCAUUGAGCGACUUGGUGUCCAUACGGAAGGAAUUCGAUCAGAGGCGAAAUAACAUCCGCAAGCAGCGAAGUGACUCCAGAAUUCAGAUCGGCGAAUCAUCAUGCUUACCUUUCAAUUCACUCACGCGAUCGCCUUUUUGGCCACAAUUUUCCUAAUCGGCAAAUGCUACGCUCAUCCCACAUUCCCGCGGCGGCACGAGUUAAACCCGCUGUGUGCCUCGGGCUGCGGCAACGAAUGUAAUAAAUGCCCGUUUGGUUACGCAAUAUCGGCUCUCUGCGGUAUCGCUGAAUGUCGACGAGGCCCCGGCCAAAUUUGUGGCGGUCCCAACGAGGCCUGGGGCGUGUGCGGCGAGGGAUUGAUCUGCCGUUGCAACCGAUGUGCCGGCUGCAGUCUGGACUCCUUUGAGUGCUUUAAUGAUCAUGCUUGUCUGCCCUUCUCAGAACCGGGAAGUCGAAGUCAUCUCGAAGAUUUCCUCAAUCGCUUCUCGGUCGACAGAUAUUCUCUCGACAAAGUUGACAAGUAAACGGAAACCCAAGCCGCUUCAGAUAAACGAAAAGGAUGACGGAUGGUUGAAGACGACGAAUGAGGAAAACAAAUGUGAAACAAAAGAGAGAGGAGGAGAAAAAGAGAAAAAUACGGAUAUAUAUUAGCAAUUUUCCGAAUUAUUUAUUACAUUUUACAAUGUGUAUAAUCUCAUUAAGUAUCUACAAUUGUGAUAGAUAACUCGUCGGGGCCCGAGUCUCUAUCUUCUUCCGCGAGACAACGGUGCCCCUGUCCGUGUUUAAUGGCAUUUCUGUGAUUUUUUAAUUACUGUGUUAAUUAUCGUGUUCUAUUUACGCACGCCUCAAUGAAACGCGGAUGCGCGCGCGUGAGCGAGCGUGCGUCGCCGGCUAGCUUAAUCUCGUGAGAUACUCGAUGAAUUACGCGCAUGAUUCUUGGCUGUGAAUCGCGUCUCUCGCGGAAUACGCGCGCGAGGCGAUAACUAGAUCAUCCAUAUUCCCAUGCGAAUCCACUGUAAAGGUUUCCGUCGAAAAUCGAGAGCGAUUAAUCGAAAUGCGAGAGAAAAUGUCACGGAUAAGACGAAUGAAGAGAAGGAACUCUCGUGCCGAUCAUUAUAAAUAUUGUCGAUCCAAAAAUUUUGACAUUUCUUUAAUCGUUUACAAAAGUUGCUCUAACUUUUACGAACUCGUUUCAUUAUAUAUUCUUAAUAUCGAUACAUUUUUUUUUUUAAUCUAACAGUCUCCCGAUAAAACGCGCUCUUAGAUAUUAAUAUAUUAUCAGUAUCAAUGUAUCAAUGUAUUGCUUCUUUAAUGGACUGUUAUUAAUAUUUUUUAAAAAAAGAAGAACUAUUUUUUUCAUUAUCGGAUAAUGUAUUUCAUAUUUUUAUUUAUUGACUAGUCAUUUGUGAGCGUCUUAAAAACGCGAGUAUUUUACGUAGCUCUCAAUAUUUUUGCGGAGACCAAUCGUGAAUGUUUGGUGAACGUCACCCUAUAUAACAGACGACAAAAUAAAAUUGGCUGCAUUCAUAUGCUCAUUAUUGAUAUUGAUUUCUUAUCACACUCAAAUAACUUUGUUCGUGUAUUCUUAAACGGAAUAAGAGUACUUUUAUUUACAAUGACGGAUAAAAUUAUUUCUUUAUGAUAAUAAAUGAAAUAAUAUGAGUUGUAUACACAAUGAUAAAUAAAAAUAGCUUUAAAUGUU